AUGCUCAGCGGACCGUCAUCCACCACCUGGCGGCGACAGCGCCUUCUGGCGAUUGGACAGGGCGGAUCGGCGAUCCCCGCCUCGCCGGACGAAACGACUACACUCGGCAGGGACAGCACCGAAUAUGGAUCCAUCCCGCCCAACAAUACGGUCCCCAGCCCGAGCGCAACUCGACGUGGCUUCCGUUCCCGUCAUCGGCUGCCGGCACUCCCCCACCUCGAUCUGCCCCAUGGCGCGGCGUCCGCAUCUAACCCGACCUCACCGCGGACGCCCAUGUCAUUCUCGUUCCGUGACAUCCGGGACUCUCAGACCUACUUCCGACAGAGGCCCAUCUCCGCGUACGAUUCGAACCUGGUCAAGGACCUGACCGCUCAGCGCGACGCGGAGACCGACGGCGACUCCGCAGCGCGCAGCAACGGAAUACGGGUUUGGUACUCGAGCUUCACGAGCAUCGACUGGUUGCACGACGCCAUCAAGGAUUCCGUGCGCCGGUCGAGACUCCACCGUCGGAAAUCCGUGCGCGGGAAGAUAAGGUUGGCUGUCGAUCGGAGCAUUGGCUGGAUCAUCGUGACCAUUGUUGGCAUCCUCACGGCCAUCUCUGCGUUUCUCAUCGCACGAUCCGAACAGGUCCUGUUCGACUGGAAGGAAGGGUACUGUACUGCAGGCUGGUGGAAAGCUCGCAGGUUUUGUUGUCCGACGGUGGAUGAGGACGUCAUCAUUGCGAGGCAAUGGGCAUCUCCGCUGUUCGUAACGCAACCUGAGGGUGACGAGCCAUGCGCUGCCUGGCGCGUAUGGUCCGAUCUAUUUGACCCUAGGCAUCACGGAGAAGGAUCGUGGCUGAAACUUGAAGCUGAAAUGGUCGAAUACGUAACCUACACUGUUGUUGCUCUCGUACUUGCUUUGAUUUCAACACUUUUGACAAUCCAUCUUACUGCCUCAACGUCGUUCAUCACUCGCAAAGAUUCCGGCGUGCUCGCUCCAGACUUUCCAGAAAACGAUAAUGACAAGCCAAAGCCGGCGCAAUCAGACGCACCCGACCCUAGGAGGAAAGUCAUGUACUAUGCAGCCGGAAGCGGAAUACCAGAGAUCAAGACUAUCCUCUCAGGUUUUGUCAUCCACGGCUACCUUGGCGCUCGCACUCUCUUCACGAAAUCGGUAGGCUUAGCUUUGAGCGUGGCCUCCGGACUUUCGCUAGGCAAGGAAGGGCCGUUCGUCCACAUAGCGAGCUGCAUUGGUAAUAUAGUCAGUCGCUUCUUCAACAAGUACGAGAACAACGAAGCUAAGAGACGUGAGAUACUCAGCGCAGCGUCUGCUGCAGGUGUGGCGGUUGCAUUCGGUGCGCCAAUAGGCGGCGUCUUAUUCAGUUUAGAGGAAGUCUCAUAUUUCUUCCCGCCGAAGGUUAUGUGGAGAAGUUUCUUCUGCGCUAUGAUUGCCGCCAUCACCCUUCGGUUCCUGGAUCCAUUUGGCACUGGCAAGCUUGUACUGUUCCAGGUGACAUACGAUAAGGACUGGCACGCCUAUGAACUUGUCUUUUUCCUGCUCCUUGGUAUCCUUGGGGGUAUAUACGGGGCGUACUUCUCCAAGCUCAACUUCCGCUGGAGUCGCGACGUACGAAACAGGACAUGGAUGAAGACCCAUCCUGUUUUUGAAGUUUUGCUGAUCACGCUCAUCACUGCUCUCGGCUCCUUCUUGAACCCUUACACCCGCAUGGGUGGUACAGAGCUGGUCUACAACCUCUUCGCUGAGUGCCGUGCUGGAUCUGGCAACACCCACUACGGGCUUUGCGUCCUGGACCCUCCCACACAAGCCGUGCCGGUGAUAAGAGCCAUCUUCAUCGCGCUAUUGGUCAAAGGUGCUCUCACCAUCGUCACCUUUGGAAUCAAACUCCCCGCUGGCAUCUUCAUCCCUACUCUGGGAGUUGGGGCGUGCGCGGGCCGUAUCAUGGGCAUACUCGUACAAUGGGGGCAGUGGAAGUACCCGGACAGCGGUAUCUGGUUCAAAUAUUGCAGAGGUGACCUUGACUGCGUAGUUCCUGGGUUAUAUGCCAUGGUCGGCGCAGCUGCGGCGCUAUCCGGAGUUACACGUACUACAGUGUCUCUGGCCGUGAUCAUGUUCGAGCUCACGGACACUCUCACUUAUGCGGUGCCUGUGAUGCUAUCCGUCUUAGUCGCAAAGACCGUCGCGGAUGCGCUAGAACCGAAGGGCAUAUAUGAUCUCGUUAUCGACCUGAACCAGUUGCCGUACCUUGACGGCAAGCACGAUCCCUUGUGGGGCGACCUACAAAUCAGCGAUGUGGUGAACCGCGACGUCGAGGUCAUCCGAGUGGACCGAGAAAAUACUGUCAAGUCCCUUUGCGAUCAGCUGCAGCAGCUGUUGUCCUCGGGCACAGAUGAUUCUGGCUUCCCGAUUCUCAGACCGGACGACCGUAAAGACGGCGGUGGUAUGAGGAUGAUAGGGUACAUCGGUGCGAGUGAACUAGAGCACGCCCUCAGCAUCGUCGCCGAUGAAGCGGAUAGCCCAGUUUCAUUCCGCGUCACUCAGGCUCAUCAACAUGGUGAUAUUACCUCUUCGUCGAUAUCUUCACUGGCCGAAACGAGCAUAUACGCUGCUGGCGAUCCCUUCGACUUCAGCGUGUACAUGGACCAAGCGCCGCUCACCGUCCAGUCCAAUGCCCCGCUUGAACUCAUACAAGAAUUCUUCGUCAAACUCGGAACACGCCAUGUAAUGGUUACCGAUACGGAUGGAUGCUAUGAGGGCGUUAUCGAUAAGAAGACGUGGUUGCACUUCGUAACGGAGUUGGAGGAGAGGAAACAUUGA